GUUAUUAAUAUCACAACAAAAAUGUUAGCUGUAAACUAUUUUUAUAUAUCCAUGCUGUAAAUAUUAAAGCUGCAGUGCACUGAAUAAAGCAUUGUGGGUGUGGCUCAAGUUUCAAUCGAUGGGAAAAAGCCCGGCAUUCUGCAAAAUGGAUCAGAGUUAUCCUUAUCUGCUGCUGUUUUUGUUGCUGUCACUUGAAAGCUGUUUUUGUGUCCCUAUAUCAAGUUUCUAUUCAUUUGGAAUUGGAGGAUCUGAAAGUGCUUUUACUAAUAAUGAUGAUUCGUCCACAUCCUUAAGUCUUUCAAAUAGCUUUAUAUUUUAUAACCAAAGUUAUAGUACUGUCUUUAUAAACAACAAUGGUCUUCUUUCAUUUAAUGAGGCAGUUUCAGCAUUCACAUCUCAGCCAUUUCCUUUACCUCAAACACUCAUUGCUCCAUUCUGGGCUGAUGUAGAUACACGCAGUGGAGCUGGAACAGUCUAUUACAGAGAAACUAGUACUAGUGCCAUUGUAAACAAAGUGGCUCGGGAUGUGCUACUAGCAUUUCCAGGGCAGCCUUCAUUUACAGCUACAUCUGUUGUAAUAGUGACAUGGUACAGAGUUGGAUAUUAUAGUAGACAAAGUGACAAACUUAAUACAUUCCAAUGUGUUCUGGCUACUGAUGGGAGCCGUUCCUAUGUCAUAUUCCUUUAUCUUGAUAAUGGUAUAAAUUGGGUGACUGGUGAUGCAAGUGGAGGCAAUGAUGGCUUUGGUGGAACAGAGGCUUAUGUUGGUUUUAAUUCUGGAGGACAAAACUCUACAUAUUUUGCUGUACAAGGCUCAAGGACACCAGCAGUUGUCAAUAUUGAAACUACCAGCAAUGUAGAUGUAGCAGGACUUUGGAUCUUUCAAGUCAAUGAAGCUAAUAUUGUUACUUCUACUGUAACUGUUAACUGCAGUGAACUAAUAGUUGAUUCUGAAGAGCUCUCUGUUUUUUACAACAGCACAACUUACAACAGUACAGCCACAUAUAGUUGUGAAAGUGGCUUCAAUCUAGUUGGAGCUACUAAAAGGACUUGCUUAAAUAGUGGAAAUUGGAGUGGAGAUCCACCAUCUUGUGAAAUAGUCAACUGCAGUGAGCUAAUAGUUGAUUCUGAAGAGCUCUCUGUUUCUUACAACAGCACAACUUACAACAGUACAGCCACAUAUAGUUGUGAAAGUGGCUUCAAUCUAGUUGGAGCUACUAAAAGGACUUGCUUAAAUAGUGGAAAUUGGAGUGGAGAUCCACCAUCUUGUGAAAUAGUCAACUGCAGUGAGCUAAUAGUUGAUUCUGAAGAGCUCUCUGUUUCUUACAACAGCACAACUUACAACAGUACAGCCACAUAUAGUUGUGAAAGUGGCUUCAAUCUAGUUGGAGCUACUAAAAGGACUUGCUUAAAUAGUGGAAAUUGGAGUGGAGAUCCACCAUCUUGUGAAAUAGUCAACUGCAGUGAGCUAAUAGUUGAUUCUGGAGAGCUCUCUGUUUUUUACAACAGCACAAGUUACAACAGUACAGCCACCUAUAGUUGUGAAAGUGGCUUCAAUCUAGCUGGAGUUGCUGAAAGGACCUGCUUAAACAGUGGAAAUUGGAGUGGAGAUCCACCAUCUUGUGAAAUAGUCAACUGCAGUGAGCUAAUAGUUGAUUCUGAAGAGCUCUCUGUUUUUUACAACAGCACAAGUUACAACAGUACAGCCACCUAUAGUUGUGAAAGUGGCUUCAAUCUAGCUGGAGUUGCUGAAAGGACUUGCUUAAGCAGUGGAAAUUGGAGUGGAGAUCCACCAUUUUGCAAAAUAGUCAACUGCAGUGAGCUAAUAGUUGAUUCUGAAGAGCUUUCUGUUUCUUACAACAGCACAAGUUACAACAGUACAGCCACCUAUAGUUGUGAAAGCGGCUUCAAUCUAGCUGGAGUUGCUGAAAGGACUUGCUUAAGCAGUGGAAACUGGAGUGGAGAUCCACCAUUUUGCAAAAUAGUCAACUGCAGUGAGCUAAUAGUUGAUUCUGAAGAGCUCUCUGUUUCUUACAACAGCACAAGUUACAACAGUACAGCCACCUAUAGUUGUGAAAGCGGCUUCAAUCUAGCUGGAGUUGCUGAAAGGACUUGCUUAAGCAGUGGAAACUGGAGUGGAGAUCCACCAUCUUGCGAAAUAGUCAACUGCAGUGAGCUAAUAGUUGAUUCUGAAGAGCUUUCUGUUUCUUACAACAGCACAAGUUACAACAGUACAGCCACCUAUAGUUGUGAAAGCGGCUUCAAUCUAGCUGGAGUUGCUGAAAGGACUUGCUUAAGCAGUGGAAACUGGAGUGGAGAUCCACCAUCUUGCGAAAUAGUCAACUGCAGUGAGCUAAUAGUUGAUUCUGAAGAGCUCUCUGUUUUUUACAACAGCACAAGUUACAACAGUACAGCCACCUAUAGUUGUGAAAGUGGCUUCAAUCUAGCUGGAGUUGCUGAAAGGACUUGCUUAAGCAGUGGAAAUUGGAGUGGAGAUCCACCAUUUUGCAAAAUAGUCAACUGCAGUGAGCUAAUAGUUGAUUCUGAAGAGCUUUCUGUUUCUUACAACAGCACAAGUUACAACAGUACAGCCACCUAUAGUUGUGAAAGCGGCUUCAAUCUAGCUGGAGUUGCUGAAAGGACUUGCUUAAGCAGUGGAAAUUGGAGUCGAGACCCACCAUACUGUCAGAUUGUUAAUUGCAGUGAACUAAUAGUUGAGACUAAUGCAUUUGGAGGACUCUCUGUUUCUUAUUCAUCAAACUCUAGAUCAUACAAUAGUACAGCUACUUAUAGCUGUGACGAUGGCUACAGUUUAACUGGAACUUUCAUUAGGACCUGCUUAAGCAGUGGAAAUUGGAGUGGAGAUCCACCAUCUUGCGAAAUAGUCCACUGCAGUGAGCUAAUAGUUGACUCUGAGGAGCUCACUGUUUCUUACAACAGCACAAGUUACAACAGUACAGCCACCUAUAGUUGUGAAAGUGGCUUCAAUCUAGCUGGAGUUGCUGAAAGGACUUGCUUAAGCAGUGGAAACUGGAGUGGAGAUCCACCGUCUUGCGAAAUAGUCAACUGCAGUGAGCUAAUAGUUGAUUCUGAAGAGCUCUCUGUUUUUUACAACAGCACAAGUUACAACAGUACAGCCACCUAUAGUUGUGAAAGUGGCUUCAAUCUAGCUGGAGUUGCUGAAAGGACCUGCUUAAGCAGUGGAAAUUGGAGUGGAGAUCCACCAUUUUGCAAAAUAGUCAACUGCAAUGAGCUAAUAGUUGAUUCUGAAGAGCUCUCUGUUUCUUACAACAGCACAAGUUACAACAGUACAGCCACCUAUAGUUGUGAAAGUGGCUUCAAUCUAGUUGGAUUUGCUGAAAGGACCUGCUUAAGCAGUGGAAAUUGGAGUCGAGACCCACCAUACUGUCAGAUUGUUAAUUGCAGUGAACUAAUAGUUGAGUCUAAUGCAUUUGGAAGACUCUCUGUUUCUUAUUCAUCAAACUCUAGAUCAUACAAUAGUACAGCUACAUAUAGCUGUGAAGAUGGCUACAGUUUAACUGGAGUUUCCAUCAGGACUUGCUUAAGCAGUGGGAAUUGGAGUGGAGAUCCACCAUCUUGUGAAAUAGUCCACUGCAGUGAGCUAAUAGUUGAUUCUGAAGAGCUCUCUGUUUCUUACAACAGCACAAGUUACAACAGUACAGCCACCUAUAGUUGUGAAAGUGGCUUCAAUCUAGCUGGAGUGGCUGAAAGGACCUGCUUAAGCAGUGGAAAUUGGAGUGAAGACCCACCAUACUGUCAGAUUGUUAAUUGCAGUGAACUAAUAGUUGAGACUAAUGCAUUUGGAGGACUCUCUGUUUCUUAUUCAUCAAACUCUAGAUCAUACAAUAGUACAGCUACUUAUAGCUGUGAAGAUGGCUACAGUUUAACUGGAAUUUUCAUUAGGACCUGCUUAAGCAGUGGAAAUUGGAGUGGAGAUCCACCAUCUUGCGAAAUAGUCCACUGCAGUGAGCUAAUAGUUGACUCUGAAGAGCUCUCUGUUUCUUACAACAGCACAAGUUACAACAGUACAGCCACCUAUAGUUGUGAAAGUGGCUUCAAUCUAGCUGGAGUGGCUGAAAGGACCUGCUUAAGCAGUGGAAAUUGGAGUGGAGACCCACCAUACUGUCAGAUUGUUAAUUGCAGUGAACUAAUGGUUGAAUCAAAUGCAUUUGGAGGACUUUCUGUUUCUUUUUCCUCAAACUCUAGAUCUUACAAUAGUACAGCUACUUACAGCUGUGAAGAUGGCUACAGUUUAAUUGGAGUUUCCGUCAGGACUUGCUUAAGCAGUGGAAAUUGGAGUGGAGAUCCACCAUUUUGCAAAAUAGUCAACUGCAGUAAGCUAAUUGUUGAUUCUGAAGAGCUCUCUGUUUUUUACAACAGCACAAGUUACAACAGUACAGCCACAUAUAGUUGUGUAAGUGGCUUCAAUCUAGCUGGAGUUGCUGAAAGGACUUGCUUAAGCAGUGGAAACUGGAGUGGAGAUCCACCAUCUUGCGAAAUAGUCAACUGCAGUGAGCUAAUAGUUGAUUCUGAAGAGCUCUCUGUUUCUUACAACAGCACAAGUUACAACAGUACAGCCACCUAUAGUUGUGAAAGUGGCUUCAAUCUAGUUGGAGUUGCUGAAAAGACCUGCUUAAGCAGUGGAAAUUGGAGUGGAGAUCCACCAUACUGUCAGAUUGUUAAUUGCAGUGAACUAAUAGUUGAGUCGAAUGCAUUUGGAGGACUCUCUGUUUCUUAUUCCUCAAACUCUAGAUCAUACAAUAGUACAGCUAUUUAUAGCUGUGAAAAAGGCUUCAGUUUAACUGGAGUUUCCAUCAGGACCUGCUUAAGCAGUGGAAAUUGGAGUGGAGAUCCACCAUUUUGCAAAAUAGUUAACUGCAGUGAGCUAAUGGUUGAGUCAAACGCAUAUGGAGGACUUUCUGUUUCAUUGAGCAGCUCAAAUUUUAACAGUACAGCUACUUAUAGCUGUACAUAUGAAGGAUAUGUACUGGUUGGUAAUGGAGUAAGAACAUGUCAAGCUAAUGGAAAUUGGUCAGAAGCUGAACCAAAUUGCGAAAUUACUGCAAUAAAUCUUAAUGGAGCAUCAAAUGAAUCAAGUAUAAUAAUAAGUUGGGAUUUACCUUGUCAAUUAAGGAAUAUGACAAAAGAUCGCAUGGUCAACAACUAUACUGUUAUGGUGACUGAUAUAGCUACUGGUGAAUAUUUUAUAAUUAUUGCUACCAAGAUACCAGUUGUUUUGAGCAAUUUAAGUUUAAACACUAAUUAUUCUAUCAGGAUAGCAGUGUUUACAAAUAAACUGGGCCCAUUUUCAGACUAUCCUCUGUACAUUUCAACACAUCUCACAGCACCAACUCACCCAGCUUUUGAUUUGAACAUAAACUCAUCAUCUCCAACCUCUUUCAUGAUAUCUUGGACUCCUCCUAUGCUGGAUUACUUGAAUGGUCCUAACAUCACAUAUGUUAUACUAGUUACAUCAGCAAACAGUUCUUUUAAUUACACCAGCAAUACUAAUUAUGCAAUCAUUGCUGGACUCCAGCCAUUUACUACAUACUGGUGUAGAGUAGCAGUUAGAAACAAUGCUGGAAUGGGUCCAUAUUCACUAAGCAUUGAGAUCAAAACACUAGAAGAUGUACCUUCAAGUGCUCCUGUCAAUGUUAUUUUCAUCUUUAUUAAUGCCAGGACACUUCUUGUACAGUGGGGCUUAAUCCCAUUGUCAAAUCGUAAUGGUAUUAUCAUGUAUUAUGAAAUUUUAGUCAUUGUCGGGGAAAAAACUUAUAUUUAUAAGACAUCUGAGAGGAACAUUACAAUUGAAAAUCUCCAACCAUCAUAUACUUAUAAUAUCUCUGUUGCUGCCUUUACUAAUGGUAGAGGUCCUUUCAGUGAACCUAUUAGCAUUACCAUGCCUGAUGAUGUGCCAAGUGGAAGGCCUCAGUCACUAAGUCUUGCAUCAGCAGGAGCUACUAGUCUUAGCAUUAGUUGGAAUCCUCCAGAUGAGGAAGACAGAAAUGGAAAUAUCAAUGAGUAUAUUGUUAAUGUUACUAAUACAGACACGCUAGUUACAACUCAGUUUACUACUGCUAAUAAUGACUUCAGUAUUGUUGACUUGAAUCCAGAUACAACGUACAGUCUGAGUGUUGCUGCCAGAAAUGCUAAUGGAACUGGUCCUUUCACUCAAUCACUACUGACAAAAACUGGUCAAUCAGCUCCCAGUCAACCUCGCCAUUUGAAAGCUACUGCCAUCGGUUCAUCAAGUAUACUGUUAGCUUGGGAGUCCCCUUCUAAUCCUAAUGGUGAUAUUACAGCAUAUUAUAUUAAUAUAACUGAUGAAUCAACCAGCACUGUUGUAAUGCAAGAAACUAGUAAUAUCACAUAUGUCAUUAUUACUGAUCUCAGCCCAAACAAUACUUAUCGUUGUCAUGUGGCAGCUGCUACAACUUAUAUUGGUCAAGUCUCUGAAUAUGUUUUUGUUAACACAGAGGAAGAUGUUCCCACAGCUGCACCAUUAUCAGUCUUGCCUAUAGCGAUUGAUUCAACAAUGAUAUCUAUCUCAUGGUCACCUCCAAAUAUAAAUACAACUAAUGGUGUCAUUCGUUAUUAUAAAGUCUCCAUUAUUAAUAUUGCAACUGGAUCAGAGCAAACCCUUACUACAGCCAAUUCUCACCUUACAAUACUCAUGCUGACCCCAUUUACUGCAUACAGUGUGAGGGUAGCUGCUUUUACUAUUGGCACUGGGCCAUAUAGUAGACCAAUUAAUGUUACAACAGCCGAAGAUAUCCCAAGUGAUGCACCGAAAAACUUUGAUGCCACCACCAAUGGGUCCAAUUUCCUCAUUUUGAAAUGGUUCCCUCCUAACACUCCUAAUGGAAUAAUCAAAUAUUACCAGAUAACAUUAUUGGAUCAGACCAACAGCACUGUAUUUCAUUUCAAUACUACAGAGUUUGAGUUUACUAUCAAUAAUUUGCUGUAUUUCACUAAAUACACAUGUUAUGUGUCUGCAUUUACAGUUGCUGCUGGGCCUGCUGCUAUGUUGACUAUUAUGACACAAGAAAGUGCGCCAAGCAGCCCUCCAACCAGUAUAAUGCUGAAAAGUGUCAAUUAUACCUCAAUAAAUGUGUCAUGGAGUCCUCCGGCUGUGCCUAAUGGAUUAAUUCACAUGUACAUCAUUAGAAUCAGUAAUGGUCUGUUAGUGAUUGAUUAUAAUUCAACUGAAGAGUACAUGCUUAUCACUGGAUUGAUGCCUAAUCAAAAUUACUCUGUAUCUUUAGCAGCAGUUACCAUUGAUAUAGGACCAUUCUCAACUAAUCUGGUUAUUACACUCCAAGAAAAAGUUGCUACUGAUCCUCCUACUGGUUUAUGCAAUGAGUUAAAUGGUAGCAAUUUAACUUUGCACUGGCUGCCACCUCCUGAUGGCUCAGUUGACGGAAUUAUCAGUGGGUAUAGAAUCAAUUGCACUGGAGAAAAUGGGCACUUUAUAUCGAAGACAGUAUCAAUGACAAGAGUUUCUGUUGAUCUUGAAAAGGGCACAUAUUACACUUGUAUGGUGUGUAUUUUGACGUCUGCUGGCUGUGGCCCUGCAGCAGUUAACUACAUCAAUACAUAUUCUGGAUUUCCUGUUGGGCCUCCUCAAUCAUUGAGUGUCAAUACUACAGACCUAUCAAUACUGAUAGACUGGGAGGCUCCAUCUGAUCCAUUGAACAUCAUAACAUCAUAUGCUAUCACAUAUCAGUUACUUGAUACUCCAGUGUCUCUGGCAGUGCCUCGUCCUGUAGCAACAGUGUCUGGUAUAACGGAUACAAUGUAUUUAUUGGAAUUAGUUUUAUCAGCAUCUUCGUACAACAUAACAGUUUAUGCUAAUACUUCUAAUGGGACUGGAAUAGAGAGUGAGCCAAUAGCCAUAACAACGGAGAAAUCAGGUACUCUUUUAAAUUUUAUGUGUUCCGCUGCCAGCUCUACAGACAUUAAUUGUUCAUGGGAAAAUUUAUCAAAUGAUGACUAUCAGCUUCAUUACUCCAUCCUCCCCAGUUUCAACUAUUACACAAACAAUGAAGGUACUAUCAAUGAGGGACGUAUUCAUGACUUGAAGCCAUAUGUUGGAUAUGUAAUUUCACUCCAAUUGUCUAAUACCAAUCUAGUGAACACCGUUGUUUUAACACAACCUGAAAUUCCCACUGCUUCUGUUGAAGAUAUAUCAUUCAAUGUAUUAUCUCCAGAUUCUUUUACUUUAUCAUGGAAACUACCUCCUAAAAAUGAGUGGAAAGGAAUAAUUGAAAAUUUUAUAAUUAAAGCGGUACCUAUAAAAUCAAUAGGAGAAAAUGCAGAGAUUAACAUUACAUCACUCAGGCCAAAAGAUGUUGAAAUUACUGUAGCCCCUCGUGCUAAUAAUCCUGAUCCAAGCUUAGCAAUGGAGCCAUUUGCAAGAGAAGAAGUGAUAGUUAGUAAUCUGGAGCCUGAUUUUGAAUACUCUUUGACAAUAUCUAUUGAUAAUGCUGCUGGGAGGGGUCCAUCUUCAUCUCCACUUAACAUAAGCAUGCCUGAAGCAGCUCCUAGCGGUCGUCCACUUAACCUAGUGCUUUCAAAUGUUCAACAAACAUCAUUCACUGCCACUUGGUUGCCACCAAAUUUAAUAGAAAGGAAUGGAAGAAUAAUUAGUUACAUGGUGCAAGUGACUAGAUUCAAUCUACUUCAAACAAGAUCAUUUGAAACACAGGACACCCGCAUAUUUUUACAAGGUUAUUAUCCAUAUGAACAUAUCAUGAUAAAGGUAGCUGCUAGAACAUCAGUUGGACUGGGACCAUAUUCUUCUGUACUUGCCUUUAAUACAAAUGAAAAUGUUCCAAGUGUACCAGUAUCAUUCAGUGGAACUGUUAUUGGCAGUGAUCAAGUCAUAUUGAGCUGGGAUAUGCCUCAAACCACUGAUGGUGUCAUAUCUCAAUAUCAAGUUAUAUACUCUGGAUACACAAUAGCUUCUAAUAUACCAGCUAUUGGACCAAUACAAAUAAAUGUGCCCGUGAACCACCUUCAGUUGUUUCGUCUAAGAAACGGAUUGGUUUAUCACUUUUCAGUGAGGGCUGAGAAUACUGCAGGAUAUGGUCCCAAUGCUACCACUAUAAUAGUACUGGAUGAUAAUAUUGGUGAACUAGUUGGUGCAACUAGAGAUGUAUCUGGAGUUGAUGGUAGAAUGAUAGCUGUGUCUGUUCUAGCAGGACUGUUUGGUUUACUUUUGUGUCUGUUUUUAAGUAUUGGAUUGAUAUGCUGCUUGUGUGCAAGGAUGAGGCAGAAAAAGAGAGAAAAUAAUAAGAUGCACAUAAAUGGUAACACUGAAAUAAAAGAAAUAUCAUUUGCUAAUAUAAAAGAUGCAUCUCAGAAUGAAGCUGGCUCUCGGCAGACAAACAUGUCAAGUAGUGAUAAUCAACAUGUUUAUGAUGAGCCAAAUAUAAAAUUAACUACAUCGACUGUGGCUGCUAGUAAUGAUUAUGAUACUGUAACUAGCCCAACUGUGAAGCGUAUCUCACCUGAAGAUACAAGGGAGGUCAAUUUGUGACAAGUUUUUUGAUAUAAAACAUUGCUAAUUAUAUUUUUGUGUGCAAAUAUAUAUAUUUUUAAAUUGUGCUGCUAGUUUAGUAGUAGAUUUAUAGAUCUACUAGUUUUGCAAGAUGUUUUUUUUUCAUUUUUGUUGUACAAAUAUCUCAACUACUCA